UAAUCUCGCAGCUUCCCGCGAGAUCGAACAUGCUACGAUUUGGCCUGAGUUUGUUUUUCUUCUUGUAAAUAUAACGCAGUCGAAAUUAUAAAUACUAUACUCUUAACAUAUUUGACAUAUUAACUUUACCACAACAACUAAAGCCUUGGCUAUUUAUUUCAAUUUAUUUAAAAAAUGGCGUUACCAUGGUUGCCGUGGGCCGCAAACACAGCAGAGCUGCGCUCGAACGAUUCUUUUGAAACAAAUUUCAUCACACCGGGGAGUGCCCUUUAAAUACAUUGCUGAAUCAGUGUCAACUUGAGAAUUUGAAGAGUCAUAGAUAAACUGACUACACAGCUUAAUUUGACUUUCAAAAAGAGAAAAUGUACAAAGUAAAUUUCCCUGUCGACCAAUCGAUUGAGACUGCUGUGGAGCGGAGACAGGCUGCCGAGGCUGCACGCAAGGCUCGAAUUUUCAAUACAAGGCUGCGUGUAAUGGGCCUUGACCUGGAUGCACUCAACAAACAGACUCAGGAGAAAAAGCACCGCGAAGGAAUGGAGAGAGAGAGGGACAAAGCUUUUGAUCAGAUGAGACUGAAGCAUCAUGAAGCGCUGUUACAGAGAGACAUAGAGGAAAGGAAAGUGCGUGAAGCUCUGCACGCUGGCCUGACUGAGUACUGGAGCAUCCAGCAGCGUGUGGAGGACUCUCGUGACGCCGAUCUCAAGUGUGGCAUGAGGGGGGCAUUCAGGAUCAAUGUUCCAGAGGCUGAGCUAGGGCCUGCCAGCAUGCAGAUCUUUCAGGGCGAAGAUAUUGGAGAGGCACAGCGGAGGAGAGAACAAAUGAAACAGACACAACGAGAUCUGCUGGCACAAAUAGUCCAAAAGGAGAGAAGGUGCAUGGAAAUUAGGCACAGAGAGAUGCUCGCAGAGAAAGAGCUGUUGCAGCAUGACCUCAGUUGGAGGCAAAAACUCGAUGCUGAGGAGGAAGGCAAAAAAGCUGUCCGUGUCACUCUGGACCACUACAAUCAAGCUCUGGCUAUAGAGCAGGCUGAAAGACUGAAGGAGGCAGACCGGAGAGAGGCGAGGGAGAAUCUUGCUGAGAAGUGGCACACAUUGACAUCCGCCAUAAUGACAGACGGUUGGGAUGCGGCAGUGAACCGGCUGGAGGAAGGGAAGCCUGCUGCGACCGACAGGUGGAAAGGCAUGAGCCCCGAGCAGCUGCGCGCCAUCCACAGGGAAAGAGAGGCGCAAUGCAUUGAGAGACAGAGAUGGCGUGAUGUCGAGAAGAACAGGGAUGCAGCCUGGAACGCCCAGCUCCUAGAGGCAUCCAGAGAAGCCCAGCAAGAGGAAAGCAGAACGUCAAAACUCAGGAGAGCAAAGCGGAUCCAAGCAGACCAGUUCAACAUGCAGCUAGCUAAAGAGCAGGAAGCACAUCAACAGUAUUUGGACAAGGAGCUGUACACCAACAAACCCACUCAAGACUUCUUCUCCCAAUUUAAAACCACCUCUCGCUGAUGCUGACGUGUGACAUCAUAAUACAAAGGGAUCCAAUGAUCAUUUACUUUAUUUUAGCCUCAUUGUGACACAUCGAUACUCUAAAGUGACGAAUAAAACACAGUACAGAUUCUUCCA